UGAGGCUUUUACACGCAGAGAUCAUUUGGUAUAAAAGGCAGACGCUAGUGCAGUGUGUCUCAUUUACCUAUCAAUGUACGUUUUUUAAAAAUGAACAGUGUUUUAUUGUUACAUCAACUUGGAAUAUGCCGAUGAAAAGAUGCGAAACUGCGCUCAGUUAUUCUUGAGAAAAUGUAAACAGUUUUUUCACUCAAUAUGUUGCGGGCUGAUUUCUACAGUCCUUUCAUAUAAAUUCGUAUUUAUUACGGUAAAGAGGUAGAAAUACGUUCGACCCGCUUUAUCUGUUCGCCACACUUUCCAUGACAUAUUUCUAUGUCUUUUAAGAGCACUGUGGUAAAAGAUUGACAUUUUUUCUAUACACGACACUAUAAUAUUUUGUUUUCCAUUGUUUCAGAUGACUUUCGCAUUGUAUCCGAAAGCCAAAUGCAUUUUUCCAUUAAGCUUUACAUAGUUUAUACUAAAUCAUAUUUUUGUAAAUAAUCUAAAUAACAAUCAAAAAUCCUUAUGAAUUGAAAUCAAAAACAAAGAGUAAACAAUGAAAGCCCUGGAUAUUAAAACACAUUUAGAAGAGAAAUAUGCUUAUAUUAGUGGUACGGAGAAUUUUUGUUUUAACAUUGACUAAGGAGAUGAAUUUAAUUCUUAUAAAUUUGUUUGUUUAUUUAGGUGGCAUGGAUAAAAAAGGGUAUCCGUUAAUUACCUUUCCUUAUUCUGCUCCAAUUGAACGACUGAACGCUGAUGAAAUAAAAAAGAUCAUUACUUAUUUAGCAUCAAUUGCAAGCUCUGUAAAUGUCGAUCCAAAAUUUUCGUUUAUUAUUGAUAUGCGUGGUCGGACAUGGGAAGUUGGAAAAUCGAUAUUCAAAGCCUUACAGGAGAGUUUCCCAUAUAAAAUUGAACAUAUUUACAUUGUGAAACCAGAAAAUUUCUGGGAAAAACACAAAAUAUCAAUCGGAAUGUCAAAAUAUACUCAGUUAGAACAUACUAUUGAAUCUGUCGAAAGUUUGACACGCGAUAUCGAUCGAAAUCAAUUGACAAAUGAUCUGAACGGAACAUUUCAGUAUAAUCAUCAAAAUUGGUUGGAAUUUCGUCUGAAACUGGAAGCAUUUGUACUUUAUUCGAAAGAAACAUUACAAAGAUAUGAAUCAAAUUAUAAUGAAUUAAAUUUGUCUGAUCAAUCAUCAAAUGUUCGAACAGCUCAAGAUGCAAUUGAAUCCCACAUGACGAUCUUUAAAGAUAAAUUAUCUCGUAUAACAAUUGAUACUUUGAUUAAUGAAGGAAAAAGUUUAUUAAAUAUGCUUCGAACAUCAAUGGCAUCAACUAAUCCAGAGCAACAACAACAGCAAGAUAGUAAUGGAUCUAAAGCCAAUCAGCAUACAUUUGUGUUUGAUUAUUUUGAUGAAGCAAGAAAAAUAACAAUUGUUAUGGAUAAUUUGAGAUCAGCAAAAGAUCGAUGUUAUUUAUUAUGGCAUCAAAAAAAAGUACGAUUAGAACAAAAUUUACAAUUGAGGUUAUUUGAGCAAGAUUGUGAUAAGCUCUGUAACUGGAUUGGAGAAAGUCGUUUGAUUAUUCUUCGACGAUACACCGAUAUUGGUAACAGUUGUUUAGAAGCAAUGCAACAUUUAGCUGAGCAUGAACAAUUUACAAAAACAUGUUUGGGAAACGAAGCUGUGAUACGUCGUACACAAAAUGUUGGUGAGCGAUUAGUUUCAAGUGGUCAUUAUGGAACAAAUGCGAUUAAAACACAAAUGAAUCGUCUUAAUGAAGAAUGGAAGUCAUUGACAAUACUACUAGAAAAUCGUACAAAAAUAUUAACAGCAUCACUGCAAUUUCAUCAAAAAGCCGAUGAGUAUCUAAUUCAAGUUCCAGCAUGGAAACAUUUAUGCUCGUUAACAGAUGAUAUUAUAGCAAUACAAAAUAUUGAUCAACUAGAGUGUUUAUUACAACAACAUUAUCGUUUGUCCGAUAAUAUAUCUAAAAUUUAUGCCGAUAUAUGUAGUGAUGGAAAAGCAAUCAUUGAUUCUGUUGCACCACCACAAACAUCCGAUGAUCAGUUGGAUUUUCGAUCGAGUGCUCGACAUAUAUUAGAAAUUGUUCAAGAGAUUCUUUCAAAUCAUCGUCUACUUGAUUUUAAAUGGAAUCAACGACGAACAUAUUUACAACAGCGUAAAAGUCUACUAACAUUUGAAUAUGAUGUACAAGAAAUUUUUGACUGGCUCGAACGUCAUGGCGAUGUUUUUCUACAAAAAAAUGUCUCAAUUGGUCGGUCGUUACAUCGUGCAAAAGCAUUAUUAAAAACGCAUAGUAAUUUUGAAAGUGUAUUAGAAAAUACAAAAACAAAUGCUGAAAAACUGAUUGCUGCUGCCGAUGAAUUAUAUCGUGAACAACAUGAACAAAAACAAAUGUCAUCCUCAUCAUCGCCAACAAUAAUGGAUGAUAUAUUAGAUUUAGAAUUAACACAAGCAAAAAGUAAAAUAUAUGAACUAGCACAUAAUUUAGAUAAACGAAUGCAAGAAUUUGAUGAAAAAGUUCAAAAACGACGACAUAUAUUAGAUAUUAAUUUUUUAUUUCAUGAACAUAUUAAACAGUUUCAUAAUAAAGGAGGAUCGAUGAGGAAGUGUCAGGGAAAAAUUUCAUCCAGAGUUGACGGUGGACGAGGCGGCGACGGAACAGAAAGCUUACGGGGCGAUCCUCAUGAAAUAGAUUUUUCAAAACUUGGCGAGGUACGCGGCAAUGACGAGUUAACAUCAUGGCUUGAAGAAAUACGACCGGUUUGGGCUAAUGAUGAUCACUUGACAAUAAACGCGGUGAAUGUAGAUGAAAUUGAACAGAUGUUAGAUAAAUUAAUUGAACAACAUGAUGCAACAAUCGAUGCUUGUGCAACAACGGAACAAGAAGGACAAACGCUGCUCGACUAUUUAACAGAAAUAAAUACAAUGGAUUUAACGACCACGCAUCAACCAUGUUUUAUCCAUUUAGUUGAACUGAUUGAUUCGAUACGUUCAAAAACAAGUGAACUUGAAACAUUAUGGGAAAUACGAAAAUUACGUUUAGAAUUUUAUCUGCAAAAGAAAAAUUUUGAAAUUUCUGCCAAGGAGGUUUCUCAAUCAUUAGAAAUAUGGUUAGAAGAAUUAUUAAAAAUAAAUAAUGGGAGUAAUCAACAUUGUAUACCUGCUAUUUUACAAAAUUUGAUUACAUCAAAUAAAACUAAUAAUCAUUAUCAUACGUCUAUGUUAAAUAAAUCAACAAAAAUGGACGAUUGGUUACAAGUUCAAGAACAUAUUCAUACACGUGUUGCAGAAGUUGUACAACGUGGAAAAGAGUUAUUAAAUUUGAUGGAAUCAUCAGAAAUAAAAUUAAAAUUUGAUGAUAACUCAAAUAACAAUAAUAAUACUAAUAAUAAUAAUGAUGAUAAUAGUAGUAAUAAUAAUAAUAAUGCCAACCACGUACUAUUAUCAUCACAAGAACAAAUUCGCACACUAAUAAAUUAUAUGAAUGAAAGAGAAAAGAGAUUACAAGAAAUGGUCACACAACAACAAAAACAAUUUGCAUGGCGUACACAAAUGAUUAAAUUAGACAAAGAAGAAAUUGAGAUUUCAACUUUGGUCAAUAAUUUUGAAAUGAAAUUAUCUUCAAAUUUAUUAUUUGCAUCAUGUUUAAUUGAAGCGGAAAAAUUUGUCAAAGAUCGUGAAGAAAUUCAACGAUAUUUUGAUAAAGUACUCGAUAAAAUUGAUACAUUGCAUCAUAAAACAGAAAAAUUAGUAUCAUCCUUGACUGUUCUAUUAGCCGAAAAUGUUAAUGAUUUAGAAUCAAAAUCAUCAUCUUCAUUAUUAAUAUCUCCAAUUUUAUUUCCACAACAUACAGAACAACAACGACAAGUUUUAUUUACAAAAUUAGAAGAACUUAUACAACGAUUAAUAUCUCAACGUCAAACAAUUAUUCUCUAUCGUGACGAUCGAUUUCGUUUGUUAACUGUUCAAAUUAGUUUUUAUAAAUCAGCAGAACAGGUUUCAUCUACAUUAGAUGCUCUUGAUCGUGAUUAUCGUGCUGAUGAAGAUUUACAUGAAAAAUUUAAAUCUGUUAAUGAUAAUGAUGUAUUAACAUUAUUAUCAGCACGUUCACAAAAAUUAUUAGAUCAAAAACAUGCCUUUUUAAGAGCGUGUACAUUAGCACGUCGAGCAUCCGAACAGUUUCAUAAAUGUGCACAUCGAAAUGCAGUUAAUGCUGGUAAAUCGGAAAAUUAUUUGAAACCAAUUGAUACAAAAAUUAAAAAUGUGGUCAGUAUAUUAACAGCAAAAGAAAAUAAUGUUUUGAUUGCUUGGCAUUCUAAAAAAAAAUUACUUGAUGAAUAUAUGCAAUAUAUAUCAUUUAAACGAAAUGCAAAUAAAGUUUUAUCUUGGAUUCAUGAAUGUGGUGAAAGUUAUUUAGAAAAACAUAAAGAACUUAGUGAUGGACGAGAAAAAACAGAAACACAUUCGAAAGAACAUGGUGAUUUUGUUAAAGCUCUAAAAGAAAAGAAAGCAUAUGUUCGAAAGUCAGUUGAUGCUGCUGAUACACUGGUAGAAAAAGGUCAUUCAUAUGCUGGACUUAUCAAAGAUAUGUGUAAUCAACUUGAUUAUGGUUUUAAUGAUUUUUUUCGUAAAAUUGAACAAAUUGGAAAAGAAGAAAUUGAUAAAGAUUCACGAAAAAGUGAUUCAAGUUUAGAAGAAAAAUUAGAAAAUCAAGAAUUAACAGAAGAAAAAAAAAAAUCAGCAAAACAACGAGAAUUAAUAUUCAAUGAACUAUUGACAACAGAACGGGUUUAUGUUGAAAGUUUAAACAAAUGUAUUGAGUAUUAUCUAAAUGAAAUGCGUCAUCAUACAGAUGAUAUUCCAGAAUUUUUACAAAAUAAAGAAUCCGUCUUAUUUUUAAAUAUUGAAGAUAUUUAUAAUUUUCAUAAAAAUUUGUUUCUAAAAGAUCUUGAACGUUAUGAAAAUAGUCCAGAAGAUGUUGGUCAUUGUUUUGUUACAUGGGCUGAACAAUUUCAAAUUUUUUAUGUUGAAUAUUGUAAAAAUAAUGAAUCGUGUAUUAAAUUAUUAAGUCAAUAUCGUGGUCCUUAUUUUGAAAAUAUUCAACAUAAAUAUCAUAUUGAUACAAUUAAUUCAUAUUUAAUUAAACCUGUUCAACGUAUUACAAAAUAUGAAAUGUUAUUACAACGUUUAAUGGCUUGUUGUGAAGAAUCAAAAGGUGAAAUUAAAGAAGGAUUUGAUCUUAUGUGUAGUGUACCAAAAAAAGCCAAUGAUGCUAUGCAUCUGGGAUAUUUAGAAGAAUUAGAGCCUGGUCUUACCAAAGAAGCACUUGGUGAUGUUUUAUUACAAAAUACAUUUCAAAUAUGGGAUUCGAAACAAUUGAUAAAAAAAGGAAAAGAGCGUCAUGUAUUUUUAUUUGAAACAAGUGUUGUUAUUGCUAAAAUACCAAAAUUAUUAGCUCGUGGUGCAAUUCGAUACAUUUAUAAAUAUAAAUUAAUGACGGCUGAAAUAUCUGAUGUCAAAGAACAUCUUGAAGCUGGAGAACCGUGUAAAUUUGCGCUAUUUACUGGACGUACAUCAACCCAUGAUUUACGUGUUACACUUAAAGCAACGGAUAUAAAUACAAAACAACAAUGGAUUAUGCGUAUUCGUGAAUUAAUACAAGAAAAUGCACUUUAUCAUGAUAUAUCUGUUCAUGAAGCAAACAUUAAACAACAAAAAAUAAGUGUAAACACAAAUAUAAACAAUAAUGAUCGUCGUUCACAAGAAUAUGAUAAUAAUGUACUGGAUGAGUGUGAAAAUGUAAGUCGUGGUGGUUCAAUUUCAAGUCUUUUUAAGUGUCAUUCACGUCGUCGGUUAUUAUUGAAAGAAAAUAUUGAAACAAACUCGACAUCGUCAACAAAACAUCAGAAAAAAAUAAGAAAAUGGUAUAUUGAAAAACCGCAAACAACAUGCGAAAGUUUUGUUGAUGAUCAUAAUAGUUCAGAAACAGAGGAAAUUGAUGAUGAUGACGAUGAUGAUGAGGAUGAGGAUGAUGAUGAUAGGCAACAACAACAAAAAGAAAAUGUUUCGAGAAAAAUUGAACGUUUAUUGAAGAAAAUUAAUGAAAAAAGUGCCGAAUUAUGGUCAACUGAUGAAACAAAAAUGAAAAAACGGCCUAGAAUAAAAAGACACGGUUCAUUGAUUUCAUUAAAACCAGUUGAAGAAAAACCAAAACAGCCGUUUCAAAAUGCAUUUUUAAAUAAUUCAAAAAAUUGUGAACCAUCACAAUUAGAUGUUGAAGAAAAAAUAACAUCUAAACCAUUUAUUGAUAGAUAUGAACAAAUAAAAACUCAAUUCAAAAAUUUGCAUACAGCACCAACAAUUUAUUCUACCGUAACACAUCCAUACAAUAUUUCAGGAAUUAAAAAUUACAGUUCAUUAAAUUCAUAUAAUUUUGGUCAAAGACCAAAAUUUUCUACAUCUUCAACGUUUGUUGAAAAUGAAUAUGAACAUAUUAGACGUGAACCGGUUAAUAUUGGUCGUCGACGUUGUUGUUCGAUAACAAACGAUGAUUUUGAAACAGAAUAUUAUAAUUUCCAUAGGCCACAUUCAAUGACACUUGAUAAUGAUAAGGUCAAAUCAAAUGUCUAUCAUCAUAUUAUACCAGUUGUACGACAACAAUCAAUUCAACCGACAAAACCAAGAACAACAUCAUGUAUUGUGACAAAUUUAUUGAACAAUGAUAGUUUAUUUUA